UUCGCCAUUCUAUGCCAAAGAGCGGGUUUGUCAACAGAACACGUGGUUGUGCCGCUGUGGCUGGUGUGAUGUGCGCUCAUCGAACGUCGCAGAAUUUUUACGUUCACCUGGACUAUUUAUUGCACAUAUAGGUAUUUACGUGAUCACCAUGAGCGCCGACCGAGUCUUCAGAUUAUUGCUAGCAGCUACUGUGCUCGGAGUUUGCUUUACUCAAGACACAAGAGAGAAUGUACUACCUCCACAUGUGCAGCAAUAUCGGAAGAUGUUCAAGAUGCGUCGCGCCGAGCGCCUUGAAGCCGUGAAGAGUAUAUUGAAGUUAGACAAUUUUGAAAAGCAAGCCAAGCUAGUCAACAUUGUAUUGGACAAAAUUAAUGAGGUACUUACGACAUCGAAGCUGAAGCUUGAGAGUUCGGACUACAUUCCUGGCGGCGCCUUCCCGGAGGACGAAAGUACCAGAGACGCGCUGUCGCAAGUUUUGGAAAACACAGCUUUCUUUGGAGAAAUAAUCCUGCGACUCCCGAACAUUGCUCAUGCUGUGUUGAACAUGAACAAGGCCGGUGCCAUGGUACUCAACUGGGCCAUUGGGUUCUCGAACUCCACUGAACUCUAUGAUGAAACCACAACCAAACUGAUCAACCUGGUUGCUCAGGAACUGGGCUUGGUUGAGAGAGACCCCAACUAUCAUAACCCAUAUGCAGUAAAGCAAGCAAAAGCUGCAUCACCAGUGCCAGCAUCAGAACCAGUGCCGAAGCCCAAGAAGAAGAAAAAGAUGCAGCGUGGCCCACGGCUCAGCCGAGCAGAACUGUGAUUCGUGCUUGCACAGUGGUGAGCAGCCUGCCUGAGCAUCGCUAGUCCUGUGCACCAUCUCUUCGUGUUUGUGAUAUUUUGUUACAUUGACUGCCACCCAUCUCUUCAUUCUUUGCUGAGACAGUGAUAAAACAGACUUUUUUGCAAGUG